AUGGCUUCUCCUACCCUCAAGCUCAAUUCCGGCCAUGAUAUGCCGCAGGUGGGUUUCGGUCUGUGGAAGGUGGACAAUGCUACUUGUGCCGACACCGUGUACAACGCCAUCAAGGUGGGCUACCGAUUGUUCGACGGAGCUUGUGACUACGGCAACGAAAAGGAAGCCGGCGAAGGCGUCGCCCGCGCCAUUCAAGACGGGCUCGUGAAGCGCGAAGACCUCUUCCUCGUCUCCAAGCUCUGGAAUUCCUUCCACGACGCCGAUAAAGUCGAACCCAUCUGCCGCAAACAACUCGCCGACUGGGGCAUCGACUCCUUCGACCUAUACAUCAUGCACUUCCCGGUGGCCCUAAAGUACGUCCCGGUCGAGACUCGGUAUCCACCCGGCUGGACACACUCCAAGAAGGACGGCGAUGUGCAACUCUCUAAAGCCUCGAUCCAAGAAACGUGGCAUGCGAUGGAGGACCUGGUGCACAAGGGCCUCGCGAAGUCGAUCGGUAUCAGCAACUUCCAGGGCUCUCUGAUCUUGGAUCUACUCCGCUACGCAAACAUCCGCCCCGCAACCCUGCAAAUCGAGCACCACCCCUACCUCGUGCAACCCACAUUGCUCCAACUCGCCCAGUCGGAGGGAAUCGCAGUAACAGCCUACUCCUCCUUCGGGCCCCAAUCCUUCAUCGAGCUGGAGUGGCAAAAAGCGAAAGACUCGCCCGUGCUGUUCGAACACCCUACCAUUGUCACUAUCGCUGAGAAGCACAAGAAGACGCCAGCGCAGGUGCUGCUUAGAUGGGCCACUCAAAGAGGGCUGGCGGUCAUCCCGAAGAGUAAUAAUGCGGCCCGGUUGGCGCAGAAUUUGGAGGUCACGGGGUUUGAUUUGGAUGUAAACGAGUUGGAAGCUAUUAGUGGGUUGGAUAGGCAUUUGAGGUUUAAUAACCCUACUGAUUAUCUUGGAACCCUGCAUAUCUUUGCUUAG